UCACAGAAAUUUCUCUUCAAAGACUAUAAACUACUACUACUACCACAUAACACAACACAUCCUUCCUCUUUCCCGAAACUGGCGAAACAUAAACAAAUCCAUAAAACAAUAAUCAUGGGUUGGAAUUGGAUGAAGAUCACCUUCAACCUUGUCUCGGUAUCACUCUCCCUGCUGCUGCUCCUCAAUUUUGCAACCACCGCUAAAGCACAAGGUCCCACUUAUCUCUACAAUAUUUGUUCAGACAACAAGACCACUCCCAACAGCCUCUUCAAAAAGGACCUUAACGACCUCUUCUCAUCCCUCUCUUCCAAAGCCACCGCCAACGCUCAAUUCUUCAACACCACCGUCCCUGCCACAAACUCCAACGACACGGUCUACGGUCUCUUCAUGUGCAGGGGCGACUUAUCCUCUUGCGGGCAGUGCGUGGUCAACGCCACACAGAAGCUUUCAUCCGAUGCAGAUUGUUCCUUAUCAAAACGAGCCAUCAUUUGGUACGACGAGUGCAUGGUUUGGUAUUCCAAUAACCGCUCUAUCUUGUCCACAAUGUUCACGAGGCCCGGCGUUUACCUCUCCAACACGGGGAAUGUCUCCAACCAGGAAAGCUUCAUGAAGUUGUUGUUCAGAACCAUGAAUGAAACGGCGAAAGAAGCAGCCAAGUCCCCGGUUCUUGAAAAGAAGUACGCUACAGGGCAAGCCAACAUAUCUGGUUUCCAGAACCUUUAUUGUAUGGCUCAGUGUACCGAUAACCUCACACCACGAGACUGUGCCAGCUGUCUAACUGAAGCCAUAACCGAAUUAACCCCUUGCUGUGGAGGAAAGCAGGGAGGGAGGGUUCUAUUCCCCAGCUGUUUCGUUCGGUAUGAGUUGUACCCUUUCUAUCGCUCUAAUACUUUGGCUCCUUCGCCUUCACCAGGACCACGAGGAUUUGUUCCAGCCACACGAUAUUCGUAUAAUGAUUCAAAAGAUACGGAGGAUCCUGUUUAUCUUAAUUGCACUUGCUCGAGUAACAAUAAAGCCUCAGACUCCGAUAAGGACUUCCAGUUACAUAUCCGCACCCUCCUCGAUUCCUUGUAUUCCAACGCCACCAGCGGUAACUUGUUUAAGAAGGUGGAAGCAGGUAUAGUGUCUGGGCUCUUCAUGUGCCGUGGUGACCUUCCGUCCCGCCUCUGCUCACAGUGCGUGGUCCUUGCAAAAGAUCGAAUUUGGUCCAACUGCCGCUUCUCCAAAGAGGCUGUUAUUUGGUACAGUCACUGCUUGCUUCGCUAUUCCGAAGCAGAUAUCCGCUCGACGUAUAUAGCAAGUCCUUUGUUUAGCGAGUUCAACAUGACCAGCAGCUUCAUUUCUACCCAGCAGCAAAACUUCUUCAAUACUCUAUCUGGUAUUUUACUUAGAUUGACCAACCUCACAGGUGACAAUGGUAACCGAUAUUUGACAGAUAAAUCAAAAUUGAAUCCCUUUCAAACUCUUUACACUCUGGCUCAGUGUACGCCAGAUCUCUCCAGCGAUGACUGCACAAACUGUCUCCGUGAUGUGAUUGGAUCAGCAAUACCAUGGGCUCGUUUGGGAAGUGUCGGUGGAAGAGUUCUAUGUCCUAGCUGCACUCUUAGGUUUCAAUUAUUCCAAUUUUACAGAGCUGAUGAUGAUGCUCCACCUCCUGAGCUGCCUGGUCCUUCUGCUACAGGGCAGAGGCUCUGUGAGAUGUACAUGCUGAUUGAACCUUCUCACCACGUUGCGCUACAGGUUUGGAGACAAUGGAGGGAUAACAUAUCAUUAAGUAUAUUAGACCCAAAUAUUAAAAAUAACUAUUCAGAAAUUGAAGUCCUUAAGUGCAUUCGAAUUGGUUUAUUAUGUGUUCAACAAGAUCCUGAUGCAAGACCAACAAUGGCAUCCGUUGUUACAUAUCUUAGCAGCCAUUCAAUUGAGUUGCCACUUCCACAAGAACCUGCAUUUUUCAUGGACAAAAAGAUGGAUCAAAGAGCAGCUGCACAGGAAUCAAGUUCUAGUUCACAUCCACUUUCACAAAAUGAAAUGUCUAUAAGUAACUUUCUUCCUAGAAAUAGCAUGGGUUGGAAUUGGAUGAGGAUCACCUUCAACCUUGUCCCAGUAUCACUCUCCCUGCUGCUGCUCCUCAAUUUUGCAACCACCGCUAAAGCGCAAGGUCCCACUUAUCUUUACAAUAUUUGUUCAGACAACAAGACCACUCCCAACAGCCUCUUCAAAAAGGAUCUCAACACCCUCUUCUCAUCUCUCUCUUCCAACGCCACCGCCAACGCUGAAUUCUUCAACACCACCGUCCCUGCCACAAACUCCAACGACACGGCCUACGGUCUCUUCAUGUGCAGGGGCGACUUAUCCUCUUGCGGUCAGUGCGUGGUCAACGCCACGCAGAAGCUUUCAUCCGAUGCAAAUUGUUCCUUAUCAAAACGAGCCAUCAUUUGGUACGACGAGUGCAUGGUUUGGUAUUCCAAUAACCGCUCUAUCUUGUCCACAAUGUUCACGAGGCCCGGCGUUUACCUCUCCAACACGGGGAAUGUCUCCAACCAGGAAAGCUUCAUGAAGUUGUUGUUCAGAACCAUGAAUGAAACGGCGAAAGAAGCAGCCAAGUCCCCUGUUCUUGAAAAGAAGUACGCUACAAGGCAAGCCAACAUAUCUGGUUUUCAGAACCUUUAUUGUAUGGCUCAGUGUACCGAUAACCUCACACCACGAGACUGUGCCAGCUGUCUAACUGAAGCCAUAACUGAAUUAACGCCCUGCUGUGGAGGAAAGCAGGGAGGGAGGGUUCUAUUCCCCAGCUGUUUCGUUCGGUAUGAGUUGUACCCUUUCUAUAAUGCUUUGGCUCCUUCGCCUUCUCCGUCGGCAGGGAUAGUUCCUCCUCCACCUGCAACUAAUUCAUCUAAUUCCGGAGGAAGUAGUGGACUAUCAUCCGGGACUAUUGUUGCAAUUGUGGUUCCAAUUGCAGUGGCUGUGCUACUGUUUGUUGCGGGCGUUUGUUUCUUAAUUAGAAGAAGAGCAAGGAAGAAGCAUGACUCUGCACAAGAUCCACAAAGUGAGGAUAUACCUUUUUUGGUUCUUUCAAGCUUUGCAAACUCUGCUGUGUUGUAAUUCGAAUCUCAUAGACAUACUAUUUUUGUUCUGUUCUUAGCUGUGACCGAGAUCUCUAGCAUUGAUUCGUUGAGAUUCGAUUUGAGUACAAUUGAAGCAGCCACAAAGAAAUUCUCUCAAGAUAACAAGCUUGGAGAAGGUGGAUUUGGUGAGGUUUACAAGGGCUUGCUUCCAAGUGGACAAGAAGUAGCUGUUAAGAGGCUCUCUAAAGGAUCUGUACAAGGUGGAGAAGAAUUCAAGAAUGAAGUAGAGCUGGUUGCCAAGCUUCAACAUAGAUAUCUAGUCAGGCUUUUGGGAUUUUGCUUGCAAGGAGAAGAGAAGAUACUUGUAUAUGAAUAUGUACCCAACAAAAGCUUGGACUACAUUCUUUUCGAUCCUGAGAAACAAGGAUUGUUGGAUUGGACAAGACGAUACAAGAUUAUUGGAGGCAUUGCUCGAGGAAUUCAAUAUCUCCAUGAAGAUUCUAGACUUAAAAUCAUACAUCGUGAUCUUAAACCUAGCAACAUAUUGUUGGAUGAAGAUAUGAAUCCAAAAAUUGCAGAUUUUGGUAUGGCAAGGUUAUUUGCUGUUGAUCAAACUCAAGGAAAUACUAGCAGGAUUGUUGGGACAUAUGGCUACAUGUCCCCGGAAUAUGCGAUGCGCGGAGAGUUCUCGGUUAAGUCUGAUGUAUACAGUUUUGGAGUCCUUGUUUUGGAGAUUAUAAGUGGCAAGAAGAUAAGCUCUUUCUAUGAAACAGAUGCUGAUGACCUAGUGAGCUAUGCUUGGAAACUUUGGAAGGAAGGGACACCCUUGGAAUUGAUGGAUCCCACGUUGAGAAAAUCUUAUACUCCAAAUGAAGUUAUGAGAUGCAUCCAUAUUGGUUUACUCUGUGUCCAAGAAGAUCCAGCAGAUAGACCUACAAUGGCAACAAUAAUGCUUAUGCUGGAUAGUUAUUCUGUUACUCUACCAGUACCUAAUCAGCCAGCAUUUGUCGUGCACAGCGGAACUGAUUCAAACAUGCUGCAAUUCAGUGAACCUACAACCAAUGUAUCAGUGCAAACUUCUGUCAAUGAGAUGUCGGUUAGCGAAAUGGAUCCUAGAUAAGAUUGAAUUGUUCCACGAGGCUUUGAAAAUUUUGUAUAUUCUUAUACAUAUUCUCUGGACUUUCUUUAUUAAGGUUAAAGUUCAAAUUAUUGUAACGCUUUGUGGUUGCUUAUUUUUCAAUAUGAAAAAGUACUUUUUUGCUUA